AUGGAGGUUAAACUUGAAGAGCAUUUUAACAAGACAUUUGUCACAGAGAACAACACUGCUGCCAGUCGGAACGCUGCCUUCCCUGCCUGGGAAGACUACAGAGGCACAGAGAACAAUACUUCUGCUGCUCGGAACGCUGCCUUUCCUGUCUGGGAGGACUAUAGAGGCAGUGUAGAUGAUUUACAAUACUUUCUGAUUGGGCUCUAUACAUUUGUAAGUCUUCUUGGCUUUAUGGGAAAUCUACUUAUUUUAAUGGCUGUUAUGAAAAAGCGCAAUCAGAAGACUACAGUAAACUUUCUCAUAGGCAACCUGGCCUUCUCCGACAUCUUGGUUGUCCUGUUUUGCUCCCCUUUCACCCUGACCUCUGUCUUGUUGGAUCAGUGGAUGUUUGGCAAGGCCAUGUGUCACAUCAUGCCGUUCCUUCAGUGUGUGUCGGUUCUGGUUUCCACUCUGAUUUUAAUAUCAAUCGCCAUUGUCAGGUAUCAUAUGAUAAAGCACCCGAUAUCUAACAAUCUAACAGCGAACCAUGGCUACUUCCUGAUAGCUACUGUCUGGACCCUGGGCUUUGCCAUCUGUUCUCCCCUCCCAGUGUUUCACAGCCUUGUGGAACUUAAGGAAACCUUUGGCUCAGCAUUGCUGAGCAGUAAGUAUUUGUGUGUUGAGUCAUGGCCCUCUGAUUCAUACAGAAUUGCUUUCACAAUCUCUUUAUUGUUAGUUCAGUAUAUCCUGCCUCUAGUAUGUUUAACAGUAAGUCAUACCAGCGUCUGCAGGAGUAUAAGCUGUGGAUUGUCCCACAAAGAAAACAGACUCGAAGAAAACGAGAUGAUCAACUUAACUCUACAUCCCUCCAAAAAGAGCAGGAACCAGGAAAAACCCCCCAGCGCUCAAAAGUGGAGCUACUCAUUCAUCAGAAAGCACAGAAGAAGAUACAGCAAGAAGACAGCGUGCGUGUUACCUGCCCCAGCAGGACCUUCCCAGGAGAAGCACCUAACUGUUCCAGUAAACCCAGGCUCAGGCCGUAGCCAGCUGUCACCAUCCAGUAAGGUCAUUCCAGGGGUCCCGAUCUGCUUUGAGGUGAAACCUGAAGAAAGCUCAGAUACGCAGGAGAUGAGAGUCAAGCGUUCCAUCACGAGAAUAAAAAAGAGAUCUCGAAGUGUUUUCUACAGACUGACUAUAUUGAUCCUAGUGUUCGCCGUUAGCUGGAUGCCACUCCACGUCUUCCACGUGGUGACUGAUUUCAAUGAUAACCUGAUUUCCAAUAGGCAUUUCAAGCUGGUGUACUGCAUCUGUCACUUGUUAGGCAUGAUGUCCUGUUGUCUUAAUCCGAUCCUAUAUGGAUUCCUUAAUAACGGUAUCAAAGCAGACUUGAGAGCCCUUAUCCACUGCCUACACAUGUCCUGA